AUGGCUGCCUCGUCCAACUUCGGAGGGUUUGCUGCACUGCGCUUCUUGCUCGGUGCUGCCGAAUCCAUUCAGCUUGCAGCCUUCUUCAUUAUCACCAACAUGUGGUACACACGCGAGGAACAGCCUAUCCGUCUGAUGGCAUGGUACGGAAUGAGCCCCAUUGCCAUCAUCGUCGGGUCUUUGUUUGCAUAUGGUAUAGGUCACAUAAACUCCAACAUUGGGCUCUGGAGGUUUUCUUUCAUUAUCUGCGGAGCCAUCUCAGUUGUAUGGGCUGUGAUUCUAUGGUUUGCCUUGCCUUCUAAUCCCGCUAGCGCCUGGUUUCUCAAUGAACGCGAGCGCAUUAUCGCCCUUCGGUGA